UUAAAAAUCUGUUCUUCCCUUUUCACGCUAUAUUUAAAAUGUUAUGUUUGGACCUUUAGUAAAACGUUAACCCGCCAGAAGGAUGGUAAAGCAAAACAAGUUAUUCCUGUUCAUAACUUGGUUAUUGCUGUCUCAAAGUGUAUGCCAGGCACAAGUCAUACCGUUACGGAAUGUAGUUGACCAGCAGCAAUCUAUUUUUCUUAUCGAUGAUGUUGAGGUUGGAGACGACCAAGAACUUGGCAUAGGAAGUGCUGCUCUACCUGGUCUUGCAUCCUUUCCAUUUCCUCUGAUAAUAUUGGUUCCACUAAUGACAAUGAUGGCAAUGACUAUGAUGGAAUCUAUGAGUUUGACGGCGGUAGCACAAUCUGUAACGAAUCAAACCGCUGUGGAGACUGUGACGACCGCAGCGGUAGCUUGUCCAACACCAGAGCCACUUCCAGCAACAACUCCAUGUGUUCCAUCAAGUUGCCCUGAGGGGUAUAGGUUGUUAGAUGAUCAAAAUGUCAGCCCUAACUGUUACAUGUUUAGUGGCACUACCAGGAAAAAAUGGUGUGAAGCUCUUAUGAAAUGUACCAUGACAAAAGGAGCGACUCUAUGGGUACCAAACAGCGAGGCAGAGGCGAAUGCUGUUAGAACAACAUUUUCUAUUCCCCCUGCUACCAGGAUAUGGACAGGGGGAAAUGAUCUGAAAGAUAAUAAUGGAAAUUUUGUAUUUGCUAUAGAUAAUAGUGAAUUUUCAUUCGAUAACCUUGAGUUUGGAACAGGUGACGACGGCCCAAAGGAAUCUAAUUGUGUUAUUAUAAGAUACCUAGAAAAUCCACUUCCUUGGCGUUGGAAUGAUAGAAACUGUGAUCGUGAUACGCUCUUCGUUUGCGAACUUCCAAGAACACCUUGUCCAUAAAGAAACGUGAGCUGUAAAAGCAGUACAGUACAUGGGAAAAUACAUCGCUAUGAUUGGUGUAAUCAUCUGAAUAAAAGAAGUGCCUACUUAUGUGCUUCGACUUCGA